GCCGCGCUGCGGCUGGCGAGGAGCGAGAGAGAUAUCCUGAAAGCCAGGGGGCUGCAGCCUGUCCGCUUUGGUGCGGGGGAGCUAGCUUCAGGGUCAGCCGCUCCCUCCGCGCCCCGGAGCUGGGGAGUGCCAGGGCUGCGCCUGGACGCGCUAAGCGAGCAGCACAGCGCGGCAACCCCCGGGGGCCGCCUCGGUGUACUGGCUCGCCCAGUGGCCAGUCACUACAGCCCGCUUGGGCUCCCUGUUCCAGUCUGCGGGAGAGGGACUGACCCGGUUCGACCGUCCUGUCCCAUUCCGUCGCGUCCCGUCCCUUCGCGUCCCUGUCAGUCCCAGCUCUCCCAGCUCGAUCCUGCCCGCCAUGGAGCCAGUCCUUCUGGCAGACGCUGAGCAGGCGCCCCAUUUGCUCGCUAACUGCUCGGGCGCCAACGCGUCGGAGCCUGAGCCGGAGCUGGCUAGGGGCGGCCGCAGCGCCGCGUCCAUCGCGUUGGCUGUGGCUAUCACGGCUCUCUACUCGGCUGUGUGUGUGGUAGGACUGUUGGGCAACGUGCUGGUCAUGUAUGGGAUCGUAAGAUACACCAAGAUGAAGACAGCCACCAACAUCUACAUCUUCAACCUGGCCCUGGCUGAUGCCUUGGCCACCAGCACACUGCCCUUCCAGAGUGCCAAGUACCUGAUGGAGACGUGGCCCUUUGGGGAGCUGCUCUGCAAGGUGGUUCUCUCCAUCGAUUACUACAACAUGUUCACCAGCAUCUUUACCCUCACCAUGAUGAGCGUGGACCGCUACAUUGCCGUCUGCCACCCUGUCAAGGCUCUUGACUUCCGCACACCAGCCAAAGCGAAACUGAUCAACAUCUGUAUCUGGCUUCUUUCCUCUGGCAUUGGUGUGCCCAUCAUGAUCAUGGCUGUGACCCAGGCCCGGGACGGGAUGGUGGUCUGCAUGCUGCGGUUCCCUAAGCCCAGCUGGUACUGGGACACCGUGACCAAGAUCUGCGUGUUCAUCUUUGCUUUCGUGGUACCCAUCCUGGUCAUCACCGUGUGCUACGGGCUGAUGCUUCUGCGUCUGCGGACCGUGCGCCUGCUUUCUGGCUCCAAGGAGAAGGACCGCAACCUGCGGCGCAUCACCCGCAUGGUGCUGGUGGUGGUGGCCGCCUUCAUCAUCUGCUGGGCCCCCAUCCACGUCUUCGUCAUAGUCUGGACCCUUGUGGACAUCGACAAGAGGAACCCGCUGGUGGUGGCCAGCCUGCACCUGUGCAUUGCUCUGGGCUACACCAACAGCAGCCUGAACCCCGUGCUUUACGCCUUCUUGGAUGAAAACUUCAAACGCUGCUUCCGAGAGUUCUGCCGGCCCUUCCGCCGGGGGCCUCACCGGGAGCCCAGCAGCUUCAGCCGGGCCCGGGAGGCCACGAUCCGUGAGCGCGUCUCCACCUGCUCUCCCUCAGACGGCCUGAGUAGGCCGGCCUGACUAGAGCUGGGCCCGGCCUCCCGGGCAGCCCCAGGGGCCGAGCUCCACUCGGAAGUGACCCAGGUCACCACUACUGAGUUUUAGUCGUGUGGUGGGUGGGGGUGGGAAGAGGGCUGCAACAGAGAUGGGAGGGUGCUAUAGGAAAUACUGGGGUCUCUAUCCUCUUUGCCUCCUCCCCCACCUCCAUCCACUCACGCCACAACUCCCAAGGCGGUCCAACACGAUUGGGGCUUAGAGUUUUUUUGAGACUCCAGGGGCUGUGGUUGAUAUUUCACGCCCUCCCCGUUCCCUUAACCCCCCCACCCCCACCCCAAGACUUACUUGAGCUUUCCUGUAGUUAAGGAAAGAUGAGACUCCAUGUCUGCUGGAGUCCACUAGAACUGCCCUGGAAUUGCUAAGAACCUUAAAACCAGGCAGGAGGUAGAAAGUACCCCUGGGCCCUGGUAGAGGUUCUAUCUGUUGGGAUUGGGUGAGAGGGUCAGGGGUCUCAUUUAGUGCAGACUUAUCAGUGAGGAAGUGGAGGAAAUCAUUUGUGGCAUUAGCUCUCUAAAGCUGGACUCUGGAGAAAUCCUGUUCUCUUUCCUUCCCACCCCUUCCCUCCACACAGCUGAUGUCCCUUACCCAUGGAUUGGUUUCUCCAAAAUCAUAGAAUGUCAGAGAUGGAAAGGAGCUCAGAGGUAUCCAACCCAACCCUGACCCGAAUAGCGAUCCCUUCUGUGGCCAGGUGCCCACCAAGUGGUCAUCCAACUUCUUCUUGAAGGCCUCUAAUCAAUGAACCCACCACUUCCGAAAACUGCCUGUCCCACUUUGGGAUAGCUCUGGGUGGUGUGACUUUUUCCCUGUCAUCCAAUCUAAACUUGCCUCUUUGUAACUUUUACCCAU